UACAAAACACAAACAAAACCUUCUGAACCUAAACUCGUUUGUUUAUAAUUUAGUGUGGGCGUCAACAAUGUUGAAUAUCUAGUUUAUAUUGGAAAGUCUUGAAGAAAGAUUUAUUUAUCAUAUUGAUAUUUGUUGUGCCAUCACUCAGAUCAAGAUAGGUCGCAGAAGGAAUCGCCAUGGCUGGUUGCUGGCACUGGCUAGACAUUGGUUAACAAGUUUCAUCUUAGGGGCCUGCAUGGCAACCAUACUUCUAUACUACACAUUCAAUGAAAGACAUGUAGACUUUAACAACAAUAUGCUAGGAUUCAAUGGUCGAGAGGCAAGAUUGGCCGGAAGGGUGAGAGAAAUGGAAGAACAAAACCAGUUGUUGCGUCGUCAAUUAACUCUAUCUCAGAAUCAUCUAGUAGCUGCAAUGAAGACUAAUCAUUCUGGAAAACCUCAAACAACUCAGCCACCUUGCCAGAAAUUAGAGACUGCUGACAUCCCAAAGUGUGAGGUGAUCCAUGUAGCAAUCGUGUGUGCCGGCUAUAAUGCCAGUCGUUCAGUCGUCACACUGAUCAAGUCCAUCCUGUUCUACCGCAAGAAUCCUCUCCACUUCCAUCUGUUGGCAGACUCUGUUGCCCAAGUUAUUCUGCAGACACUGUUCUCCUCAUGGAGCGUUCCUCAAGUGGAGAUGAGUUUCUACCUGGCAGACAACGUGGUGCCAGAUGUGUCCUGGAUUCCUAACAAACACUACUCAGGAGUGUAUGGGCUGAUGAAACUGACUCUGCCCAAGGUGUUGCCACCAGCACUGCAGCGAGUUAUUGUCCUUGACACUGAUGUCACGUUUGCCACCGACAUCGCAGAGCUCUGGAAACUCUUCUCCAAACUGCAAGAGAAACAGAGCAUUGGCUUGGUGGAGAACCAAAGUGAUUGGUACUUAGGCAAGUUGUGGAAGAAGCAUAGACCUUGGCCAGCACUAGGAAGAGGGUAUAACACGGGAGUGAUAUUGUUGGAGUUAAAGCGUCUAAGAGAGCUGGGCUGGGGGCAGUUGUGGCGACUCAUCGCAGAGAAGGACCUCAUGACACAUUACACCACCAGUCUGGCUGAUCAGGACAUAUUUAAUGCUAUCAUCAAGCAGCAUCCUUACCUUGUGUACAACCUGCCAUGUCAGUGGAAUGUGCAACUCAGUGAUAACACCCGCAGUGAACUUUGCUACACAGAGGUUACCGAUCUUAAGGUGAUACACUGGAAUUCUCCAAGCAAACUUAAAGUAAAGAACAAACACGUGGAAUUCUUUCGUAACUUGUAUUUAACAUUUUUGGAAUAUGAUGGCAAUUUACUCCGACGGGAACUGUUUGGUUGCAACAUCACCAAGACUUCACUCAAGGAUCGCGAGCUCAGUAAGUUAAAUGAAGAAGACCCCUGCUACGAGUUCCGGCGUGCCAGAGUAAAUCGACUGCGUACUCAUCUGUACUUCCUGGACUAUGACUUUGAACCAUCAACAGAUGGUAGUGAUGUCACCCUUGUGGCUCAGCUGUCCAUGGACCGCCUACAGAUGGUGGAAAUGCUGUGUAAACACUGGGACGGUCCAAUCAGCCUGACUCUCUACAUGUCAGACGCAGAGGCCCAGCAGUUCCUCAGUUAUGCUCUCAGUUCAGAAGUCCUCAAGGACAGGAAGAACAUAGGCUAUCACAUAGUCUACAAGGAAGGGGAUUUCUAUCCAGUAAAUCUACUCCGUAACGUGGCCCUGCAGCAGGUUAACACACCUUAUGUGUUCCUCACUGAUAUAGAUUUUCUGCCGAUGUUUGGUCUCUACACGUACUUGAAGAAAUCUAUUCAGUCUCUUGACUUGGAAUCUUCAAAGAAGGCGUUGGUUGUGCCAGCCUUCGAGACACAGCGUUACCGCACCAGUUUCCCUCGAAGUAAAGCUGAACUGCUGCGUAUGCUGGACAUGGGCACACUCUUCACAUUUCGUUACCAUGUCUGGACCAAGGGUCACGCACCUACCAACUAUGCCAAGUGGCGUUCAGCUACCACGCCUUAUAGGGUUCAAUGGGAGCCAGACUAUGAGCCGUAUGUGGUGGUCCGCAAGGAUAUCCCUGAGUAUGACACCAGGUUUGUUGGCUUCGGCUGGAACAAGGUAUCCCACAUCAUGGAAUUGGAGGCUCAGGGGUUUGACUUCAUAGUUCUCCCCAACGCUUUCAUUAUCCACAUGCCUCAUGCACCUAGCUUUGACAUUGCCAAGUUUAGGGGCUCUGCCCAGUAUCGGAGAUGUUUGAAGAUUUUGAAGAAUGAGUUUGUGAAGGAGUUGGGACAUCGGUAUUCAAGAGUUUUUGAAACUGAGGACAGCUGAUCCAUACUAAACAAGGAUGGCCAAUGCCUCUUCUGUACUGUUUGAUUACUAGAGAGCAUUGUCAUCCGAACAUUAUCCCACCUCAACCUGAUGUUUACUCUGUGAUUCUUCUUGCCUCUGAUGACAUGUUCUAUCCGAAUUCUCAAAGCCACCAACAGGAGAUAUUUUCCAGAUAAGGCCUGGACUGUUCGUUUUAGAUAUCAGGUAUUCAGUAAUAAUGAAUACAAGUGUAAUAAUAUUGAUUGAAUUUAUGUAAUAUUUUAUAUCAAAUUGUGAAUCUUGUGGUUAUUGAGGAAAGAUUGCUCUCUUGUAUUCCAUAAUUGGGUUUUUAAGACAUUAUAGUGAAUCACAACAAAAAUUUUUUAAAUGUCUUUCAUAGAAAAUUAAUGUAAGUUAGUAUUAUUGAGUGUGAAGCCUGUUGCUAUUUUGUAGAAUUGUUUCACUCUUUCAGUAACACUGCCAUUUCCCCAAGUCAUAUACAUAAAUUGCCAGACCAUUUCUUACAGUUGUAAAGCGUUUGAGGAAAUAAUUUUAUUAAAAAAUCUAACCAACUAAUUUUGUUAUACUUUUUUUAUUUAUUUGUAACAAAUUGAAGUAAUUGGAAUCAAUUGUGAUACAUGUAACAGUUUUAUUCCAUUCUUAUUCAUAUAACAAUUUGUUAUAAAAAAUUAAAAAUUGUUUUAAAUUUAAGUUCGAAGUAUAUUUUUGCACAUACAGUAUUUUUAUAGUUUUUUCAGUUACAACAUGUGAAACAAAAUAAAAAUCAUACAUAAUACAUUAUUGUAUCUUAUAAUGUAACAUGGUAUCGCAAUACAAUCAAAUAUGACAAAAAGCCAUUUUGUGCAAACCUAUCGAAAGUUCAGAAAUAACACACACAGACAACACACACAAAAUACAGACACAACAGACAAAACACAGACAGUGAGAAAAAAUAUAACAACUGAUAGUUUAAUUCUCAGAGAACGGUAAACUAAAUGAUUGGUUGAAAAAAUGAAAUAAUAAAAUACGGAUUAUCUACUAUGUAGAUGCUGGCAAUUUAUGCAUAUUUCAUGUCAUGUUUCAUGUAGGCUGAAAGGGUUAAAAUUCAUGAUUUCUUAGGUAUGGAAAACCAGAUAAACGGAUGAGCCAAUAAAGAAAUGUUGAAUUUUAUGGUUGACGAAUAAUGGCCAAUCAACUCCAAUGAAAUUGCAGCUAUACAAAGAGCAACUAACUGACAAAAUCAUUAAUGUUCUUGUCCUUUACAGUAGCAAUCACACAUUUUGUUAAAUUUGUAUAAAAUGUUUUGCUAUUGUUGUCCUUAUACAUAACAUUUUCAAAUGUGUAUGUUAAGAAAGGUUUUCAAAUUAGUAUGUGGAAAUAAUUGUGGAUUGUUUUGAUUUUGUAAUACUAUAGUACAUCACUUAUUAGAUUACUUGGUCUUGGAGAGAUGAAUCUAACAGUUUUAUGUGAACAAAUGACAACAGUAAUUUUAGAUGUAUAGUAGUUUGUAAAAAAUUGUGUAUACUAAAUUCUGUUGAAUGAAUAUUGUUCAAUAUGAGCUGAUUGAUCUUAUUCAAACAAGACUAUUUGCUUCUAAAGCUCAUUUUUCAAUAGACAGAUCUUAGCCUGUUAAAUAAUACAUUUAUCCUAAUUUAUUGGUGCCCAACUUCCUAGUUUGUGCAAGCAUCCAUCUCAGUGAAACUUUAAAAUGUAGGAGUCAGAAUUCUUUUAUUUAUAAUAAAACAAGGAGUUCUAGAUCAACAACAAUAAAAAAUACACAUUAAUAUAUUUACAGGGUGCAUUAUGAAAGAACGCACAUCUUGUUAGAAAAAUAGAUUUAUUCAUUCGAUUUUAACAAAUGGUUCAAAUUCUUCAAAAUAGUUACCUUCUGCAUCUUUACACCUACAUAGAGGAUUAUGCCAUGAUUUCUGUCUGAAAGCACCCUGUAACUCCUCGACUGGAAAGCCUCUCAGGAACCUUGUUAGCUUGGAUGUUCUCCACCGACUUCCAGUGCUUCCCCUUUCAAUUCUUUCUUCAGUCAGGGAGGAAAGAAAAAUUCACACUUAGCCAAUUCAGGGCUGUAACAAGGCCAGAGCACUACAGGAGUCUUUUUAUGGGUCAGGUAGUGGGUAAAGACGAAGGUCGUGUGACUUGGGGCAUUGUUGUGGUGGAGCUUGAAGACGUUGUUUCAGAACUGACACACGAUCCGGCAUUUCAGUCUCUUGUGUAUCCCCACGUAAAAUGCUGCGUUGACAGUUUGUCCUUGCUGUACAAACUCAAAAUGGAUGAUUCCUCGAACAUCAAAGAAGACAUUGUUUUAAUGCAAGAUUUGCUCAUGCGGGCUUUUUUGGGUUUGGGAGAAGAUUGUGUGUGCCAACUUCUGGAUUGAGAUCUCAAAAUUCAUUCCUUUCAAAGCCCUCUUGAAGCAUUUGAUAACUUUCCAUUGUAUUCUUCCCAAGACUUACACAAAAUUUGAUCGCAUACUGUUGUUCCAUCAAGCGCUCCAUUGCGCUGUGACACAAUAAAAAAACAGACUUUGUGUAAAGACACAUCCUACCACUUCUACAGCUUGGAGGGAACUGAGACUGGGUGCGUAUGGAAGGGCAGAAUCCCCAUCACAUUAUCCAACCAGUCCGAACGUGUUGCGACAAAUAGUUGCGUCACAAUAAAAUCAUGUGCAUUACUUUCAUAAUGCACCCUGUAUAACAUAGCAUGAGAUUUCAUCAAAAGAGAAAUUAUAAGACUUUCCGAAUUUUGAGAUCAGCUUCAUUUUAACUUCCACUUAGUGGAGCAUCUGAAAUUCGACAGUGUCACAGACUUAACCCCUGGAAUCUGGAGUCAACAUAUGUCUAAAGGGAUCCAAAAUAAGUUGGAGAUGAAGAAGCUCAAAACGAACUCUGCAACGUUUCGACAUCAGAAACAUCUAGAAUUCAAAACCAAGUGUCAAAAUCUAGAUGAAGAAGUGGUUCUCAUCAGAUCUCAUUUGGAUCUCUAGAAGUACGAGGACUCUAGAUUCCAGAAGACAAGUCUGUGACACCAUCAGAUUUCAGACAUUCCACUAAGUGGAAGGUGAAAUGGGGUGGAACAAAAUUUGCAUUGAAUCAACUUUUCCUGCUAUAGCUACAUUACGUGUGUAAUGCUAUGUUUUAUAGUAGGGUGUAGAUUUUUUCGUUGUUUGGAGUAAAACCUCUCUUGUGGCACUUUCCUAUAAGUCUGACUAGAUUUUAGUUUGAAACACUUACAUAUCACAGCUGGAAUGUUGAAAAAAUCUCAUAUUUGAAAUUAUUGUCUACUAUUUACAGCCAAGAUUUAAUUGAUAUAAUAUGAUAUGUUUUCAUAUAAAAAUGUUUCAAAAACUUAUUUUGACUUUCAAAUUUAUUUUAUGAAAACAAUUGUUUGCUCUAAAACAUGUACUUAUAAUUGGUGUUUGAAUAUUUAAAGUAUUAGAUUUAGAUUUGUAUAAUAUUGGGCUUAUUGUCCUCUUUGUUAUGCUACUACACAAUUAAUGAUUAUAGUCGGUUUAAAUCUACGUAAUCAAAUGUUUUGUUGUAUUUUAUAUGUUCUUACAUAUAACUGAGAAAAAUAACAAUUUUAAGUUUUAUUAUUUAUGUAUGUUACUAUGUAUUGGAAAUGCAUAUCUUUAUUGCCUUGAUUAUAAAUCAUGUAGAACAUUCAGUUAUAAUAUCAUACACAGCUAAGACACAUUACAGCAUCAUAAGGGUACUAACUGAGGAAACUGCAUCAUCUGUGUGAUGGAAACUGUCCCAUGGUGGUGAGGUUUUAGUUCUUGUCUCUUUUUAGCAAGAUCUGUCCAUUUGUACUAGACCAACAAAGUUGUUUCUAUGUGCCCAGAUAGUAGACUUAGAGGAUCUAUAUGUGGAAGCUACCAGUGGUAAGCUCAGUAUUUUGAAUGUAGGAGGAAUUUAUCGCUUACUGGUCGUCACAGGUGAGUCACUGUUCUACUGAGAGUCCUGAACAUAGUUCUACAUUAAAACACAACAAAUACAUACAAACAAAAUGCACUGUGCUAAACCUUAUAUUUAGAGUGAUUAGUAUUGUUUCCAUGAUAAUAAAAAGCUUACAGCCCUUCUUCCUCAUCUUCCUCGGUUCUCUUACUCUAAAUCUCCUGGACUAUCUGCAUGUGGGGCUGGGUCAUGUACCGUCCAUUAAUGGUUAUAGAUUCUAACCAGCUUGCAGAUGUACAUUUUCUCCAUGUUGCUGGAGUGAUGACCUUGAGGUAUUUUGUUCUCUUAGGACAAGAAGCUUAGAAAUUGCACUUAGUCCUAAAAGAACUUUUGCUCUGCUUCCGGAGUGACAAAAUAUUCUGGAUGGAUAAUGUUGUCGAGAUUCAUUAGGUAAGAUUUUGGACAUUAAUCUCAGUCAUGUCUACUUGGAAGAAAGGGGGGGCCAGUUCUGUACCAGCCUCUUCAGUCAAAGUGGGCAGGGAAUGGCACACCUUUAUGUUUAGGCUAGUAACUGUCUUUAACACUUAGGGAGUCCCACCAACAACAGUCAUCUCCCGCAGUAGAAUAGACUAUCGAUCUACCCUUGCUUCCCAAUAUCAUGACAUUACUAGUAAUUUGUUGCUCCUGUACAUCCGUAGGCUUGCCCAAAUUUAAGUGACACAUGAGGCCUAGAGUAAAGUAGAGGAUAGCUGUAUUUGGACAUUGUUUAAAGUCUACACUGGAACACAUACAUCUUGGUGCUGUCAGCCAGGCCACAUACAAAAUACAUACAAUUCCUCCCUGACUAGCAGUGACCAUUAGAGUAGGGAAUAGUGAGCAAGGAUCACGGCCGUGGCAUGCGAAUUUGUCUAACUUUACACAAAGGUCUGCAUCUUGCUUAUGGUAAGACUAGCAGGAUGAGGUUAAAUUGUUCCCUGUAGUCCCUGAUGCUGGGUAGUGUAUACACCACUUUCAUUCUUGUAUGUUGUUAAUCUAAAGGGCCUCCUCCAAACAGAUCCUGUAAACAUUGUGGACGGAAUGUUAUUGCUAUAAAUUUUAUAUGGUUGCUUGAACUGGCACACCUUAAGUUUCUGAACAGUCUCUUAUAUGAUGCUUGUGUCUUCCAUAUCAUCUUAGUAUAGCAUGUAUGUGUGUGUUCAUGGAGUUUAGAAAAUAUAUUUGGAAGCCUGUCUUUGUACCAAUUAACAAGGAAUAAAAGAAUCAGUCCUAUUAAAAAUUCAUAAAAUGAUCAGAUGUUACAUUUUUGUUUUGUAUGCUUGUCUAAAUUAAUUGUAUUUUAAAUAUUAAAUAUUUUCUUACACAAGCCUAUUUAAACCAUAAAAAUGUAAGAAAACAUUAAAACCUACUCAGUUACAUAACCGUAGCACUAAAACAUUUUUGUUUAAUAUAAUACUUGUAGAACAAUAAGUUACUCAGAAUUAAUUGUUUCUGUAAGAAUUAGUCUGUAGAGUUUAGCAGUGAUGUUAUUCCAACAAAGUCACUUAUUGUGUUUUUAAUAUUGGCAGCUAUUUUUUAUUUAAGACUGUUAUUAUUUUUUAUUCUAUUGUAUUCACAAGAUAUGUAACAUGACAUAUUUAUGUACGUUUUGUACAUACAUGCAAUGGCAAUAGUAAUGAUGACGUGAAAAAUAGAAUUUGUUGAGAAACUUUGUUGUGACUGAUUAGUUGUAGUUUUACUUCAGUAAAGUUUUAAUUCCUUUUGUGAUUAUUUUUGGCAGCUAUUCCUUUUACUUUUUAUAGUUUACAAAUUAUUGUAACUGUUUGCUAUUAUUGUAACUAAAAAGUGGUAACUAUUUUGUUUUUAUAAGUUUACUAUUAUAGAGUAUUGAAGCAGCUGUUGUUCCUCAUUGAAAUCUUAUGUAUUUUGAUGUGAUUAUACCAUUGUAUUAUUCAUUGUUUUAUAUGUAUUUUUACCAUUUAAUUUUAAUGUGUUAAUAUAAUAAUUAUUUUAUGUUGUCAUUUACUCUUUUGUUGCUCUCUUCACUUAAAAUUUGUAAUUUUUAUAUUCAAGUUUGUUAUUAAAUGCUCUUUCAACAUUUGUCAAUUGCAUUAAAAUAUCUAUAAGUAGGAUUUUAUAUUAACCGGUCUCCACAAAUCUUCAUGAAUUGGAUAUUAUACAAAUGUUGAAUAUUAUACAUAGUCAAAUUUAGUCAUAGCGUGUACAUGACUUGUGGUUUUCAAACAGCUGUUCAUUAUUUGUUUUACGGUUUGAUUCUAAUAUUGUACUGUACUUAAUAAAUAAAGAAAUUAAUAUAAAUUUUUUUUAAAGUUAAACAUAUACGCAUUAUACAAAUUAUGUUUGUGAUAGGAAUUGAUCUGUGUAAUUUUUAAUAUUAAAUUUGAUACCUACUGUGUAUACAAGUGCUUUAUUUGCUUAAUCUAUAAUAAUAACAAUGGUUAGAUAAUACAUUUUUCUAAUCUUCAGUAUUCAAUUCAGUCAGCAAGCUAAUAGGUUUUUUUCGUGAUUAUUGUAUUAAAUCAUAGUUUUUAUGACAACAAAUUUCCAGUAUUUAUAAUUUUAAAGUAAUUAAGAAAUGUUGAUAUUAAAAUAUAUUACUCACUAGAGUUAGCUGAUGAUUUAUUAUUAGUUCAAGCGUUUGUCCAGCAGAGGUAUAUGUGAUAGUUCUGAGAGUCUGAUACCAGAUGUGCAUGUUAUAAGUAUUUAAUUAGUUUACUCAUGUGUAAUUAAUUCCUUUGAACUUAAUUUAUAGAAUCCAUUAUAAACACGUUGACUGUGGUAGACAUAUUACACAGCAGAAGCACAUUGAGAGUGAAUGGUCUCACUCAAUAUAGACCAGCAGUGAAGGCAUAAACAAAUUGAAUUGCAAUUUUAAGAUUCUUACUUCCCCCGAUAGUUUAUACAUGAGCGUGCUCUUUCAAAAGACCAACACACUACCAUAAGUGCAGGUUUUUGUUUCACCAAUUAUACGUUCUUUAUAAAACCAUUUGUAAAAAGAAAACCAACUAUAAAUACCCUACAGGGCCCACAGCAUGCUUUAUAGAUAUGAAUCAGCAUGCAUGUUCCCAUUCAUGUACUUGUCACUAUUUAAUUUUAAAAAUCCAGUUAGUAUUAUAUGCCAUAAGUGCAUUGUACUUUAUUUACUGUUAUCUGUAAUAUACGUUUUAACCAUAAUUAACAGCUAGUAUUUUUAACAAGCUAUUUUAAAUUUGUGUUUUGACCAAUGAAUGUUCUGUAGUCAUUACACUGUAUCCAUGUUAUGUAAUUGUAUAGAAUUGGAACUGAUACUUAAGUUGUAAUUCAUAGAUUCUGUAUAUAACAUAAAUGUCAGCUAAUUAAGUUUGACGAAUGAAAGUUUUGAUAGUGAAUGUUUCAUUAUUUACCUUGUAACAAAAUUAAAUUUGUUAGUGUUCGUACUUAACCUGUUAUUGAUUUAUUGCAAUUUAAAGUAAGACAGUAGUUAUUAACAUUCCUGUUUCUUUUUAACUAAAAAUGUAACAUAGAUUUUGUUUCUGAGCAAUAAAUUUGUUGUAGAACAAUGUG